UCUUUUCUCAUUUUAGCGCGAAUUAAUUCUUGCUCAGAAUUCCACUCAUACUUCCGAGAAAAGAAUCUAGCGAACCCGCGCGUUUCACCUCGUUCAUUGUCGUAGAAACUCGGCGAACUUUCAUGGAAAAGACUUGGGUAGACGUAUAUACUGAUACCCCGUCUCGAGCACGCUGGCCGCAGAACGACCUUCAUCCUUCACCGAUCUCCCUCCGUGGAUCAUAGCUCGUCCGGAGAGUUUCGACAGCUAAUCUCGAGAAUCGUCUCGUUCAUCUCGCGCGAUUCAUGAUGCGAAAUCACCGCUUCUUCCUUGUGCGGCACAAAUUGUGCCUUCCCCGUUCACUUCAUCGAGUACUUUGAUUUUUUCACGAACGCGCCACUACUGUUUCAUUUGAUCGCAGCCAUUUUUUUUGAGUUUGCUGUUCCCUACCCUGUUCCUACUUUCUGUUACAGAUCUCGUACGAAGCAUAGGCGUCGCAUACGGUGCAUGAGAGAAAGAGAAAAAGAGACACUUUGUAGCGACAAGGAUGUAGCCCGUGGCAGGGUGGCUUUUCGACGACAAAAAGAGAUAGAGAAAAGACAGAGAGAGAGAGAGAGAGAAAGAGAAAGAACCACGAGUCUCGAGUCGGAAUGAUGAUGACGCGCGCGAUACAGGGAAGAGGAAUCGACCGAGGCAAGAGCAGGUUAGCCUAGAAGAAAAGGAGGGAAGAAGAGAGAUCCUCUCUUCCGGAUGUUAUCGCCGAGACUGAUAAAAACACUGCCAGGAGUAAUGACGAGCUGAGAUCGCUUCUCCGUCCGCUUUAUACCGUUUCUCCUUCGUCGAUCUUAGCUCUCUUCGCUUCUCGCUAACUGCCUCUCCACCUGCCCUGCCCCUUUUGUAUCAGCCCUACCCUCUCGUUGUACACACACGUACACAUUAAUAUCUAUACACAUCCGCCUUCUUGCGCGAGAAAUCAAAGACUGAAAAUAAAAGGUGGCGACAUGUUGGGCGUGAGUCAGCCGGGCAAUACGCCCUCGAGCUUGCGGCACUCGGCGAGCUUCUCGUGCUUGCAACGCGGCACCGCUGGCGAGGGCCAUCGCGCGAGGACCUCGACGCUUCUUCAACAACCGAGUCUACAGCUGAGCAACGGUCAUCAUCAGUACGGCGGUCAGACGGCGGCGACGCAGUGCUCGUUACUUUGCGCCAACAGUCUUCAUCAUCCUCGGCAGCAACAGUCCCGCGAGUCCUUCGAUCCCAUCGUUCAAGACGGUAACGAUUACGGCUUUGUGAGGAUCCGACCGCGGCUGCGUAGCACAAACGCGACCCUGUACCACGAGGAGGAAGUGGCGGCGGCGAAGAACGCUCUGAGGGAGCAACGGGACGCCGCCGCUUUUAGCGAUCGUGAGUGCGACUCGAAUUUUCGAGAGUGCUCGCUGAAGGUCAAAGAUCGCGAUCUUUCGCCGAAGGGAACUGCCAAGAACCAGAAUCCUUUGAAGGGCGCGUUAAUUCUCUUCACUUCGACGUCGUCUUGGUGGAAGGCCCGACAACGGGAGGAACAAUUUGCGGGAGAACGGGAGAAAAGCACCGGCAGCGGUGCCGUUCCUAUCGCGUCAUCGGUGCGCCACUGGUCCAACGCCUCGAUGGCAUCGCCCUCGAACGAGAGAAAGUGGCCGUCCUCGAUGACGUCGCCCACGAACGAGCGGAAGUGGUCCGUAAGUAACAGUCUGCUGACAUCACCAUCGAACGAGAGGAAGUGGAACAGAUCCUCGGUCUCGUCUACAUCGACGAAUCAACAGGACCGGAAGUGGCGGUCCCUCGGUGCACUUUUAAGGACUCCCGCCAACAGCACUGGCGGGAGUUCCCACGCUAGCCAGAACUCCUUGUCGCAAAAUAUGAGCGCGUCCAUGAUCGAGGGCGAGCACUUUCGCGAAGAAUCGCGCGGUUCGAGCUGCAAGGGACGCUAUCAUCAACCGACUUCCUACUCGGCGCGAGUCUCCCGAGUCAGUAGAGAUGUCUAUCGAGAAAACGGAGAGUUCGGUCAGGUCGCCGGCAGAUCGAAGGUCAGUCGCAGGUUGUACCAGGACAACGAGCCGGCGGUCGAUCGAGAUCUCGACGAGAGACAUCCCGCGCCACGUAAUCGACAUCAGCUGGACGAGUCGGAACAAUGCAGGAACAAUCGAGACGGUCGCGAGUUCUGCAGAGCCACGGAACAGAGUGCCGUCGAGACUCGCACCGCGACCACCACCAACAGAUCGAAUCGCGCGCAGAGCUUUUAUCUGCUGGAUGACUUUCUGCGGCCGCAGCCGCAGCAGCCAAGCAGGUGCACGGCGAGUGUAUUUGUGUCUCCAUCGCUGGCCGUUAGAUGCGGCCAACAAAUGCCGUGCGGCAUGCACGUCGAGCACGGCAGGUUGUGCGAGGUCAGACAGGCGACCUGCCAGCAGGCGAACGUCGGCAGUAACAUCACGCCGCCGCGACGCCACAACUCGAGUUCAGACAGCCUCGAAGUGGCCGCGAGUCCGCUGCCACCACCGGUGCCGCCGCCGCCGCCGCAGGCCGCCGCCGGCAACGCGCGGAACGACCGCGAACGGAAUGAGAACCCGAAGGACGCGAGUAAGGACGUGUGCCCGUGCAAACUAUGCUGGACCAAUAUGCAGAGAUCUCUCGUAGAAGAGGUGAGUAGGCGGUCCAAAGAACACGCGACACAAGAGAAGGGAAGGAGUCCUGGAACGUUGCACAAAGAUGUCGGCGGUGCCGGGACGAAGGUCAGCGAGAAAACGGUCGGUGGCGUCGGCACGGCGACCCUCACCACGCUCUCGUCCAUUAAUAACGCAUCCAACACCGGCCGUAACAAAAACAACCCCGUAUCUCACGAGAAAUUCGAAUUGAAGAACCCGUCUUUCUUCAACACCAAGCCAACCCGGGUGGAUAAAUCGGACAACAACAAUGCCAAUAACUCCAACAACACGAGCAACAACAUUCACAGUAUGCCGCUGCACGAACCCAUCAGCGCUACUUCUCCCGAAGUAUACGCCGGGAGACUGCCAAUGACGCCUCAGGAAGCAGUGAAGUAUUACGGCUCCAGACUGACAGAAUUCGAGCGCGCCGAGAUCGAGAAGUACUCGGAGAUCUGGUAUCUGGGUCUGUCGGCCCACAAAAUUCACGGCGAGGAGGUCUCCUCCCAGAACGGUGGCUACGACGACGAGAACGGCAGCUACAACAAGGUCCUGCACGAUCACAUCUCCUAUAGAUACGAGAUUCUGGAGGUGAUCGGCAAGGGAAGCUUCGGUCAGGUGAUUCGAGCGCUGGAUCAUAAAACCGGACAGCACAUCGCCAUCAAGAUUAUCAGGAACAAAAAGAGAUUCCAUCAUCAGGCUCUCAUCGAGGUGAGGAUCUUGGAACAUCUCAGGAAGAAGGAUCUGGAGGCGAACUCGCAACACAAUGUGAUACACAUGCUAGAAUAUUUUUAUUUCAGAAAUCACCUAUGCAUCAGCUUCGAACUAAUGAGCUUGAACCUGUACGAGCUAAUCAAAAAGAAUAGUUAUCAAGGAUUUAGUCUGAGUCUAAUUCGCCGUUUUGCCAACUCACUAAUUAGUUGCCUGAGACUGCUCUACCGAGAAAACAUCAUUCACUGCGAUUUAAAGCCGGAGAACGUGCUGCUGAAACAACGGGGUAGCAGCUCCAUCAAAGUCAUCGAUUUCGGUUCCUCGUGUUACAGUCAUCAGCGCGUCUACACGUACAUACAGUCGAGGUUUUACAGGAGUCCAGAAGUGAUUCUUGGUCUUCCCUACGGCACGCCGAUCGAUAUGUGGAGUCUGGGCUGUAUCUUGGCCGAGUUAUACACGGGAUAUCCGCUGUUUCCGGGCGAGGACGAGAUAGAGCAGCUCGCCUGUAUCAUGGAGGUCCUCGGCCUGCCGCCAGAGCACAUUAUCAGUCAUGCGACUCGUCGCAGGCUCUUCUUCGAUCAGAAAGGGAGUCCGCGAUGCGUGACAAAUAGCAAAGGCAAAAAGAGAUGGGCAGGUAGCAAGAACCUCUCAAUGGCUCUUCGGUGUUCCGACAUGCUAUUCGUAAACUUCGUUAGCAGAUGCCUCGAGUGGGAUCCAAAGAAACGCAUGACCCCCGACGAGGCGAUGCGUCACGAGUGGCUGACUUCGUCGUCCUCUUCGCACGUAAGCUCGUCGUCGUCGGCGAUAGCCUCGUCGACGGUGAACGUGAGCGCGAACACGACGACGACGAGCGUCGAGACGUCGCGGGAAUCUGCGCACUUGCCGCAAACGGUGAGCGUGACGGUGAGCGCGCCGCGGCAACGAGCAACAACGAUGGAAGACCCGCCCUAUACGAUGUACCGAUUGUACAAGAGUCGUAGCAAGUACGUUCAGAAGGUCUCGACCGGCACCGACGGCACCGACAACGGCGGCGGUCUGAUGGUGAAGAGCAAGUUGAACGGCAGCGCGAGCAGUCACGCCCUAGCGAGUAGUACGCAGACGGCGACAUCGAGGCACGCAUCGACCGGCGAUAUCGUCGCGAGUCUGGAUCCGAAUCUCGAUGACUCAGGCACGUUUCUGCCGCCGAUAUUGUGAAGUCGGGUUUGCGCCAGCCACUUCUAAACGCGCUAAUUCGCACGCUGAUGCGAACUAGCAACCUCGUUCUUCAGCAUCGAUGCGCGACAUGUAGAUGUUGUUUCGACGUAUAUCAAGGGCAAGCGCGAUUUGAACGGAGGGCGCGUCUAGAACUGGCUGGCCGAUUUCUGACAUUAGCGUUCCCCGAUGCCAAACGGGCUAGACACGUAGAAUCGCUAGUCUCGGCAUGUAUCGAGCUAUGAGGCCAAAAUGACGAUCUGACGAUGGGAGAGAAGAGUACCGCGGGCAUGCCGAAUGACGAGCAAUAUAGCGAUCGAUUCGCGCGUUGUUUUUGGGGGACAUUGAGACGAUGUCACUCAGGUAAACGUAACAAACUCACGCGCGCGUUAUCGUAGUUACUCGCGAAAACGUAGAUUUUCCUGCUCACAGCGAGGAUACCGGCAAUUAUUAAUGUAUACCGGUUACGUUUUAACACGGACCAUCGUAUUUAGCUGAUUCGUUUAUCUCGCGCGCACGUGUAAAGUGCACGAGGUGAUAAAAUUAGUUUAACGGGUGAUAAAAUCUCGGUCAUAGAUAUUAACAAAAAAAAUUACAAAAAAUAUUCGCAGGAUGCGUAGUUUGUCGACGAACCCGCGAACGAUUCGUCAGAUGUCGGAUAAAAAAAAUUCGCGCAAAGUGAAAGAGAAAAUCGUUUAGAAGCGCAUAAUAUACUUUAAAUGAAUUACGCGAAUAUAAGCGACGCGAUACGAUGCGCAUAUCAUCGAUAUAUGUAUCGUCGCGUAGAAAAGCGAAACAAAUGUCGACACAACGAUUCGCCUGACGUUGCAAAAUAACGUCGGGAUCACCAUCGAAUUACGGUCGCGCCGAAGAUCUGUGAGUCGACCUGUGUCGCCAACACAGGGUCGCGAUUAAUAACGAAGCGUCAAGGCGAGGAGUAACAUUAAUACGUGAAGCAUGCCCCAGUUUAACGAGGCCUGAGUAGUCUUAUUGUGAUAUUAAACUACCACUGUCUUACUUAGAUCUCUCUGAUAUUAAGAAGUAACGAUCGCUAAUAUAAUAAUUUCAAUUUACUAUUAAUCAUUAUUUUCUUAUUAUAUCUGUAAUAAUCGCUAUAUCGCUACUAUUAUCGCAAAGAUAUAGCUGCAUACUGAGGAAUAAUGAGGAAAAUCGUCGAUAAUGGCAGAAUUAACAUACUUACAUACACGCGUAGACAUGUACAGAUUGUAAUUGCGCGUAUUUUAAAUCCCAGGAACGGCAACGUGCUAGUUCGCUUUAUACAAAGUACUUGAUAAAAAAGAGGCCCGAUAAUUUUUCAAUCAUUUCUUACAACACACCGCUCUUCUGUUGUCAUUAUAUUAAUCAUUCGCGCGAUAUUGUAACACGCACUUUAUUGUAUCAAGAAUUAAUUAAAUCUAUUAAUGCGAGACGCCUCUUCGCCGCCUUCGCGCUUUAUUACUUAUUUAUAUAUUACUUGUGGCUUUCCGUCAUUGAUUAGCGAUUUGUAAUUUGAUGCGAACCCCUUUCGAAAUCACGAGCAUUUCGCGAUAUGCAGAGGAUUUGACGAAAAAAUUAUAUUGUAUAGAGUAUCGUAACAUUAGGCUACUUUUUAGACGUGGUAAUUGUUCGAUGUGCCCGUACCCAUUCUAAAGUUUCGCAAAGUGAAUGCAAGAUUCUCGAACUAAUAAUGUUAUUAAUAAUGAUAUCGUUAUGAUUAAAAACGUGAGACGCGCCCUGUUUUUGCCGUUUUCGAGUUUUCAUCUCGAAACGAUGUAUCUUCAAUUUUUUCACGUCUCUCUCUCUGUCUUUUCCUCGAUUGAAUCUUAAUUCUAUUUUAUUAUAUGGUAUGAUACCAUAAUGAAGAUCCUAUUAAAUUAUCGUGUUUUACGUGUUACUAUGGUCAAAUGUAAUUAUUGAAACAAGAACACAUGAAUGAAUACAUCGAUAUUCGUAAAUUACGAUCACGUGCAAGAGACUGAAACGAAUCAUUAUUUUACAUUGCUAACAAACGGAAAGAGCGAAAUUGUUCCUAAAUAUAAUUCAAUUCGUUCCCCAAAUCGAUAUCGCUUCAUUUCAUUUUAACGAACUCGUCGUUUAGUUCCUUUUACGAAGCGCUUGAUUCGCGGUAAGUUUUCGAACGUCUCACGCUAAUAAAUCGAAACGAAUGAAAUCGGAUUUGUCACGCAAAGUUCAUUUUAGAGCCCAAGAACUUUAGAAACAAACUAAUAUCGUACCAAUCAUAGCGGUAUCGCGCGACAUCAUCGGCGAAUGGCCAAUAAAGACGGAGCGGAGGAUAUAUUACAUUAAGAAUUACAUAUACAUAAAAAUAUAAUUCGUAUGGCGAAUCUGCCCGAACGAACGACUGACGAAGUAGCGCAUAUAUACAUAUAUAUUAUAUAUAAUAUUACGUAUUACACACAUACGAUUUUCACGAUUUGUGCGGCUUUUCGUAGUAGUCGCUCUCGACCAUCACGAAAAAAAUCUCGGGCGAGCAUUUCGUUCGAUUACUCCAGGCAAAAAGAAAAAGAAAGGAAGAAUUGACGAGCGUCUAUGAGGCGGCGAUUUUUAUCAGAGUGUAUCAAAUUAAUUAUUAACGCUCCUGAGACUUCGUCGCGGUCAUGUUAGUGUGACGUCAGAGGCGAGAUAGCACACGCUGAAAAUUCUUAGAUGCCAUUUUUAAAUGAAAAGAUAUUUAGAUGAAAUGCUACUUCAGAUGGCUUUAGAGCACACUGCUGAAGUGUUGUUUCAUCGAAAUAUCUUUUUAUUUCGAAAUGGCAUCCAACAAUUUUUAGCGUGUGUUGUUCGCCUCUAACGUCACAUUUCCAACAUAAUCAACGAGAAGCCAGGAGCGUUAAGAUGAAGAUAUGUAACGACGCUGCGUGCAUGCGUGCGUGUUCUACAUUAGAGAUUUCAUCUUCAGAAUUAACGGGAGCGAAUAAAUGUCUGAGAGAAAGAGAGUGUGUGUGUGUGUGUGACAUACGCGCGGUUAUACAUAUAUUUAUCAUUAUAAAAUAUAUACCAUUGCACGUCAAGAGAAAAAUCAUGCAAAAAAAGCGAAAAAUGAGUUUAGUCUAGGAUGCAUAGAGGAUAUAAUUAAACGCGGAGAGAGAAUACGCGCUUCGUCAUCUACGGAGUCUCUCCACCCUCAAAAAACACUGUUCAAUUGUACAGUCUUAAGUUUUUAGUUGUGUUCACUAUUGUAUACAGCGGGAUCAAAUUAUAUGUAUGUGUAUAAAAAAAAGAAACGUUGUGUAAUCUGCGUAACAUGUAUCAUCACACAUACCGACCCACGCGCGCUCGGCACGCAUGUGUCGUGCCUAAAAGAAACAUAAGAGAAGUAUGUUCGUGUAGCGAAAAAUGCGCUAAUAAUCUUAUGUUUUUGUUCAGUGUCGGUUAACUUGGAUACAGGCCAAGUAGGUCUUUGUCUCUGGGAAGAGACAAAGAAUCGAUAUAAGCUGCAAUUGAAGUUAACUGACGUUAGCAAAAUCGGGAUUACAAAAAAAUAUAUUUAAAAAAUUAAUAAAAUAAAAAGGCAAAGCAUGUUGUUAGAUAUCAUCCUAGAAACAGCGAAUUGGAGGUGAAAACUCGUGUUCGUCAAAAAACUGUAAGUUACUUGACUUUGUAAUCUGGUCAAUUCGUCAUUUACGAAGGAAUAGAUUUGUAUUGCCGUAUUUCGGGAUGAUUUUUCAACAUCGUUCCCGCGGACGGAAAAGAGUCAGUCGCUUUUUCUAGUCCAGGAUGUAACGAACGUGCUCCGAACGUAUACACACAUCUCGCUCGAAUACGAUGGAGAGGAAGAAUUAUGCGAAAGAGAUCGAGAAUUCUCUCCGAUUUUCCAGUAAAAAAAGGAUGCUCCUCCACGCGGCGUGUAUCCGUUUAGGUCAGUGUGUAACUAAUUAUCGAGUUUUAACGACGCGAUUAGACGCUAUCGAAUUAAAUUAGUGUAAUGCGUGUGCGUGCGUAACUCUUUUUUCCCCUUCUCGCGAUGGAUUAAACACAUCCUUAUCCAAGAAGAUAUCCCUGAAUGAUGUUCAUCGCGGAGAAUCAUCGUCGCGACGGCCUCGUAGAUCAUCCUCCAGUAGGACAAUCAUAGAGUUACGCGUUUACGCGAUAGUAAGUUUUUCGUUAGGUAAUAGAUGCGAGAGAGAUUCGUCUCUUAUUUGCGAAGCUCGUCGAUACGUAAAACGGAUUCCCAAACGGGAAUCGGAUGACGAAGAGUCGUUUUAGAUUAUUAGACGCCGAUGCGCGACGAAAGUUGCUCUGCGAUUCUGCCUCUGAAGGCGGAAAACAGAUCUCGGGGUAACAGAUCACGCGGAUAAUUAAAACUAUCUAAGGGAAAGGGAAGGGGAGGGGGGAAGAAGAACCUACUCUGAUAAAUGAGAGCGAAGGAUUCACAGUGAUUUGUAAUUUGGCGUUCAACUGCGGAUGUCUUGUUAUAAACGUUAAUAAGUGCGAGUUCGUCAAUUUUUGCCCAGACUUAAUUAUAGCAAAGAGAGAAUUGCUAAAUAAUAAAUGAUUAUUAUAAUUGACAUUAGUAUAUAUGUAUGUAAUGAUACGAUACUGAAGCAUCAUCAUCUUUUGUAUCAUUUGUUUGUUUGUUUUUAUCUUACUGCGUUUGUCUUUCAUUAUUAAUGCAAUACCAAGAUGACUCAGUUUCGACUCAGUAUAUCAUCUUGUGUGUAAAUAUAUACUAAUAAAAAAAUAUAUACACAAACGCAA